AUAUAUAUAUAUCCACACUCCAUGUGUGCAUGCUUCUUCACUUAACCAGCUAUCUAUGGAAGCUCUAGUACUGUUCUUGGCUCUUCUCUCUCUUUUUGGAACUCUUACGGCUCAGCAAUCUGCUCUUACUGCACCGGAUGAAGUGGCGGCUCUGAAGAAGUUGGUAGAUUACUGGAAUUUGGGGACCAAAUUGAAUUUUACGGGAAUUGAUCCUUGUUCUUCCAAUGCAAACUGGGCUCAUGACCCUGCAAAUCCUCUACUUGCAUGCGAUUGCUCCUCUAAUAUCUGUCAUGUAACUAAAUUGAAAAUAUAUGCCCUGGACAUCUCUGGUGAAAUUCCAAAUGAACUGUUUCUACUGAAGAAACUUAAGGAUCUGAAUUUAGGCCAAAAUGUAUUGAGUGGUCCGAUCUCAUCGGCAAUAGGACAGUUAUCUGAUAUGGAAUACCUAAGCCUCGGCAUAAACAAUCUCUCAGGGGAAGUGCCAACUGAGCUUGGCAAUCUCACUAAAUUGCGUUCCUUAAGCUUUAGCUCCAACAGUUUCAUUGGAUCAUUACCUCCUGACCUUGGAAAUCUAACCUCCUUACAACAGCUAUAUAUCGAUAGCAGUGGUGUAAGCGGACCCAUUCCACAUGAACUGUCAAACUUGAAAAGUCUCCAAAUCUUGUGGGCAUCUGAUAAUCUCUUCACAGGAAAGCUUCCGGAUUUCCUUGGAACUUUCACAGAUCUUAAUGUCUUGAGACUUGAAGGAACAAUGCUUGAGGGACCAAUUCCUAACAGUUAUGGUGCUCUAACAAAGCUAGAUGACCUGAGGAUCGGUGAUCUAGGCGGGGAAGAUUCUUCUCUCGACUUUUUGGAGAACCUCACAAACCUGACCAUACUAUCCUUGAGGAACAGUAGAAUUUCGGGUCAAAUUCCUGCAAAGCUUGGAACUUUCUCUAAUCUGAAAUCAUUGGAUUUGAGCUUCAACAAGCUGACGGGUUCAAUUCCAAAUUCCUUCCAGAAUCUUGAUUUAUUGGGAUACUUAUAUCUUGGAAGCAAUAACUUGAGCGGUGAGGUGCCACAAAAUAUUGGAUUUCCGACUCCACUUGCGCUCGAUGUUUCCUUCAAUCCUUUGUCUGGAAGUAUUCCUUCAUACAUCAACACAUGGAAUAGCAUCGGAACGUCCAUCGCACAGUACAGAUACGGGAGUGGGAAAGAAGUCCAAUUAAUGAGAUGCAUAUCAAAUGACAUAAAGUGCUCCAACAACAAAAACCCAUCAACUUCAUUUUCCAUAAAAUGUGGAGGAAGUGAGAUGGAAACCUUAGAUGGCAAUAAAUUUGAGGACGACUCAGAAACACUCGGAGCAGCCACGAUGAACAUUGGCGGAGAUCAUGAAUGGGCAGUAAGUAACACCGGAGCUUACCUUUCCAACCCACAAGGAUCAAAAUACACGACAGAAACUUCUUCACAAAUUACCCAAACACUGAACUCCGAAUUAUACAAGACGGCCAGAGUUUCACCCAGCUCCCUUAGGUACUACGGUCUUGGAAUGCAGAACGGGGCGUAUAGAAUCGAGCUUCACUUUGCCGAGAUUCAAAUGGAUGACGAUCCAAAUAGUUGGAAAGGCCUGGGAAGGCGCCUUUUCGAUAUCUAUAUUCAGGGGGAGAGAGUAGAGAAGGAUUUCAACGUUAGAAAAGAAGCAGGAGGAUCGAAGAGAGCGUUGGUGAAAGUAUUGGAAGCAAACGUGACGAACACGAUAUUGGACAUACAUUUUAUGUGGGCUGGGAGAGGCACUUGUUGCAUUCCAUUACAAAGCACAUAUGGCCCUCUUGUUUCAGCCAUUCAUGUUUCUCAAGUCUGGGGGGAGUCUUCUUCUUCCAACAGCGAUAAACGCAGGACUGGUAAGAUUGUUGGGUUGACGCUCGGGUGUUUUGGUGUACUGAUAAUCAUUGUCUCCUUGCUCUAUAUAUGGCGGCGGGGGAUGGCGAGAUCUCCCUUACAUUCGCGCAUUCAGUCAGAUUCGCCCACAAAAGCUUAGCAUUGUCUCAUAAUGGUGAAACUAUCAAUUCUCAGUUCUCAUCCUUUCAUUGAUGAUUGAACGUAGUUAGAAAACAGUUGGCAACUGGAAUUACAAUAAUGUUGUAAUAUAUGUGAGUUUUAUGUGAAAUGUUAUUUAGUUGUUGUAAUGUCACAACUUUGUAAGAGGUUCAAUGUUAAGUCAUUAAGUGUGUGUUAUAUUAUGAUUAUU